AUGGUGCAGCGACCGGGGCGAUCGGGGCGGUCGAGUUGCUGGCUGGGGGCUGGACUGAUCCUCUUGGUUGGUUUGCUGCUUGCGACCCCUGCGGCCGGUAGCAAUCCCAACUGUCAGCUGGACCUACCCUUUUGCGAUCUGAGCCUCGACUUUCGCGAUCGUGCGUGGGAUCUGGCUCAACGCUUGACCUUGGACGAGCUGGCCCAGCAGCUAAAUACCUAUUCGUUCACACCCCAGGCCUAUGCCCCGGGUGUGCCCCGCCUUGGCCUGCGCAACUAUUCAUACCAUGCUGAAGGCUUGCAUGGCAUUCGCGAUGCCAACGUGGUCAACUACCCGGCUACGCUAUAUCCUCAGGUCACGGCCAUGGCUGCCACCGCCAAUGCGUCAUUGAUCCACGAAAUGAGCACCAUCAUGGGCACCGAACUGCGGGCCGUGAAUAACCGGGCUCAAGAACUUGGUGAGAUCUUUGGCCGGGGCGGUGCCCUCAGCAUCUACGGUCCGACCAUGAACAUUAUUCGCGAUGGCCGUUGGGGCCGCUCUCAAGAAUCUGUUUCCGAAGACCCCUGGCUCAAUGGGCUCUAUGCCGUCAAUUUUGUGCUGGGCCUGGAGCAGCGCAAUUCUAGCAAGUAUCUUCAAGCCGCCACCUCCUGCAAGCAUCUGUUUGCAUAUAGUUUUGAAGGCUACAAUAAUACGCUGACUCGCCACAGCUUUAAUGCCGUCAUCGAUGAGCUCGACAUUCACGACACCUAUCUACCCGCCUUCCGGGCCUGUGUUGAGCUCGGCCACGUUCAGCAGAUCAUGUGCAGCUACAACUCCGUCAAUGGUAUCCCAGCAUGUGCGCGAGGUGACGUCCAGAAUGAUCGCGUGCGCAAGGCCUGGGGCUUUGAGGGCCUAAUCGUCUCCGACUGCGAUGCUGUCGCUGAUAUCUACAAUACACACAACUACACUCGCACGCCAGAAGAUGCUGUGACUGUGGCGCUACAGGGCGGCUGUGACCUAGAUUGCGGUGACUUUUACUCACAGCACUUGGCCUCUGCUGUGCAGCAAAACCUCACCACCCUCGCAGCGCUUCAACAAAGUAUGACGCGUGUCCUCGAAAUGCGCUUUCUCCUCGGCGAGUUUGAUCCCGAUACCAGCGUGCCCUAUCGUCAGCUGGGUCGAGAAGCCAUUGACACGCCCUUUGCGCGGGACAGCUCUCUACGCGCAUCUCGGGAAUCAGUCGUCCUCCUGGAAAACCGAAUCAAGUUGCUCCCCGUCACCUUAUCCGCCGACAUCAAAGUAGCCCUCAUUGGACCAUACGUCAACCUUACCACCAUCAUGAUGGGUGGCAAGCUCGAUUAUACACCUUCCUUCAUCACCACAUACUUCCAAGGCUUUCAAGCCAUUGGGAUCACUCAUCUGACUUCCAGCCCGGGCUGCAACAUCACGGCCCCGCUACCCGGGGCUCUGGACAAGGCCGUGCAGAUUGCCACCCAAGCUGACCUCGUUGUCUUGACGCUGGGCCUCUCAUCCGACAUUGAGCACGAGGGUGGUGAUCGCGAAACUUUGGGCCUGCCUACCCCACAGCAGGACCUAUACGAUGCCAUCAGUGCUGCCAUCCCCAGCUCCAAACUUGUCGUAGUGCUUGUCAAUGGUGGACCCGUCAGCGUCGACCGGAUCAAGUAUGGAAUCGCACGGACACCAACCAUCAUCGAGGCCUUUUACGGUGGCCAAAGUGCUGGGACUGCUCUGGCCGAAACAAUAUUUGGCCAGAAUAACCCCUCUGGCACCUUGCCUUACACUGUCUUUUUCUCAAACAUUACGGCUCAUGUGCCGUUUACCGACAUGCACCUACGGCCAGAUGCAGCGACGGGCUUUCCCGGUCGAACGCAUCGCUUUUUUGAUGCACCUGUCAUGUGGCCCUUUGGCCACGGCUUGAGCUACUCCACAUUUUCCCUGGCGUGGCAGGAUGAGACGGUUCCAAGCAUCACGACGGGUGACUUUACCCAACCAACUCUGAUGCACCAACUUCUUAGCGUCAACGUGACCAACCACGGACCUUUGCCAGGCCGCCGCGCCCUUCAUCUCUACGUGACAGUCCCCGUGACCAACGUCUCUGUACCUCUUCGCAAUCUUGUAGGCUUACAGAAACAUUGGCUCGCUGUGGACCAGAGCAUGACGGUAUGA